UUUAAGUGAGCGCGCUUCAUACUGAACGGAAAUUCUGGGUUUUGACUGUCCGCGCCUCUCAUAUCCUCUUCUCGGCGUGUUGAUGACAAGUCCCUAAGUCCGUUUGAUCGGUGCCUUAAUCCACGGUUUCAAGAUGGUUAGGGUGGACAAAUCAACAUGGAAGGCUAAUUACUUCACCAAGAUCACUCAGCUUUUUGAUGAUUACAACCGUUGCUUCAUUGUUGGAGCUGACAAUGUGGGCUCAAAGCAGAUGCAAGAGAUCCGAAUGGCUUUGCGUGGCUGCGCUGUUGUUCUCAUGGGGAAGAACACCAUGAUGCGCAAAGCUAUUCGAGGUCACCUUGAGACCAUUCCAAAUCUGGAGAGGCUGCUUCCUCAUAUUGUGAACAAUGUGGGAUUCGUGUUCACCAAUGAAGACCUUGCUGAGGUGCGUGACAAGCUGUUGGCCAACAAGAAGAAGGCUCCUGCUCGUGCUGGAGCUAUUGCUCCAUGUCAAGUAACACUUCCUGCUCAGAACACUGGGCUUGGUCCUGAGAAGACUAGUUUCUUCCAGGCUCUGCAGAUCCCCACCAAGAUUUCCAGGGGUACUAUUGAAAUUGUUAAUGAUAUUCAGCUGAUGAAGGAAGGAGACAAGGUGGGUGCCAGUGAGGCCACUCUUCUCAACAUGUUGAAUGUGUCUCCCUUCACCUAUGGUCUGAUUGUGGAGCAGGUGUAUGACCAAGGCACUGUCUUCUCUCCAAAAGUGUUGGAUAUCACUGAUGAAGAUCUUAACAAGACAUUCCAGGAGGGUCUGAGUAGGGUAGCUGCUUUGUCACUUUCCAUUGGCUAUCCAACAAUUGUGUCUGUGCCACACUCCUUUGUGAAUGGCUUCAGGCGUCUGCUGGCACUAGCAGCUGUCACCAACAUCACUUUCAAGGAAGCAGAAACUGUGAAGGAGUUCUUGGCAGACCCAAGUAAAUUUGCUGCUGCCGCUGCUUCUGCUGCACCUGCUGCUGCUGCAGCAGCAGUUGAGGCCCCUAAAGCUGCUGCUAAAGUAGAGGUUGAGGAGGAGGAAGAGUCCGACGAAGACUUUGGAAUGGGUCUCUUUGACUAAAUCUCUUCGACUAGGCGCCAUUUAUGGAGCUGGUCACGAAUAAAAAGAAAGAAAAUA